AUGGCGGCCAAGUACGGCCUAAUGCUACAUCAGAUGGACGUCAAGACAGCGUUUCUUAACGGAUCCCUCGACGAAGACAUCUACGUGGACCAGCCGACAGGAUGCCUGGAUGAAAAACAGCCGGACAAUGUGUGCAAGAUAAAGAGAUCGCUCUACGGCUUGAAGCAAUCGCCACGCAUGUGGAACCAAACGAUCGAUGGGUUCACGAUCAAGAUGGGAUUCAAGAAGUGCGACUCGAGUUCAUGUCGACGUCAGUUUUACUUGCGCGGACCUUCAUCAAACUUGUCUUCCGUGAACGUGGCAUCGCGACUGAUCUUGAUCGCUCCUGCUGACACUUUCUCGAAUCGAUAUGACUUCUGGUGUUCGGCGUACCCCAGGAAACGACAGAGUGAUGACUUGGAGUCGAGCUUUGCACGUUUGUCUUGGGGCACUUGA